CACUUCCGCCACAUGUGCUGACGUUGCUUCCGGCCUGCCUGGGCUGGGGCCGACGCGCGUCCGACAGACGCCGGAGCCUCCGGGGCCGGCCCGCAGCGGGCACCGCCAGCACCAAGCAUGAGCGAGGGCCCCAUGAGCAAGGCAGCCACCAUGGAGAUCCCCAUCCACGGCAACGGAGACUCCCGGCGCUUGGCGGAUGACGACGGCUUGGAGCAGGACUUACAGCAAGUGAUGGUGUCAGGGCCCAACUUGAACGAGACCAGCAUUGUCUCUGGAGGUUAUGGGGGAACGACUGAGGGCAUCGUCCCCACCAGCAUCAUCAAAGGCCCCCUCGUUCCAUCUCACCUUCCCCGAGGACCACUCAUCUCCCCCAACCCUUCAGCUGCCAGCCGCAUAGCCAGCCAGGCUCCCAUGGCCACAGGCUCCAACUUGCACCAGCCCCACCCCAACCCAGCCAUGACGGGGGAGGAAGCGGCGGCGGCCGCCACGCGAGGAGUGGCCGUGGAGAAGCUUGACAUUGUCAGGAAAUGGGGCAUCAACACCUACAAAUGUACCAAGCAGCUGCUGUCGGAGCGCUUUGGCCGUGGCUCGCGGACCGUCGACCUGGAGCUGGAGACCCAGAUCGAGCUGCUGCGCGACACCAAGCGCAAAUACGAGUCCCUGCUGGGCCUGGCACGGGCCCUCACCAACCACUUCUACAGCCUCGUCCAGACGCAGCACGCCCUGGCAGACGCCUUCUCGGACCUCAGCCAGAAGUCCCCUGAGCUGCAGGAGGAGUUUGGAUACAACGCCGAGACUCAGAAGCUGCUGUGCAAGAACGGAGAGACGCUCCUGGGAGCCGUCAACUUCUUCGUCUCCAGCAUCAACACCCUCGUCAACAAAACCAUGGAGGACACCCUGAUGACGGUCAAGCAGUACGAGACGGCCAGGCUGGAGUACGAUGCUUACCGCACAGACCUGGAGGAGCUCAACCUGGGGCCCCGGGAUGCCAACACGCUCUGCCGCUUGGAUGCCGCCCAGGCCAACUUCCAUGCCCACCGCGCCAAGUACGAGAAGCUGCGGGCGGACGUGGCCGUCAAGCUGAAGUUCCUGGAAGAGAACAAGGUGAAGGUGAUGCACAAGCAGCUCCUGCUCUUCCACAAUGCCAUCUCGGCCUACUUCGCCGGGAACCAGCAGCAGCUGGAGCAGACCUUGAAACAGUUCAACAUCAAGCUGAAGAGCCCUGGGACCGACAAGCCCUCCUGGCUGGAGGAGCAGUGAGCGGGGUCUCCCCCCCCCCCGUGCUCCUCCCACCCUUCGUGGACUCAGAGGGAGGGUCCUGCCGUGGGGCCCUCUCCUCUCUCAUGCCCCUCCGGGGCUUGUUUAAGUCCUUUCCCAUUUCGGGGGGGGGGAGGGUUGGAGCAGCUGAGCCCCCUCCCCCAUUCCUCUGCAAUGCCAGGAAACAAGCACUUUCUUACUCUGAGGGUGGGGGGAAGGGCGCCCCCGCCUGCCCCCAAUAAUGGUCUCUGCUGGGGGAUCAGGUCCAGUCGGUCCCAGCCACGGUCCGUGUCUCCUGGCUGGCCUUGGGCCUCAACCCCUCGGCCUGCUCUCCCUGUGGACUGGGGGCCGCUCUCUGACCCUGCCCCCCCCCACCUUCAAGGAAGGCAGCUAUGGGUUGAUGGCAUUGGACCUAUGGGGGCUACUCCGGGGGUGAAGAGCCCAAGAUGAGAUUGGCCCCCCAUUUGGGGGGCCAGGGACCAAACACUUCCUGGCUCCAGCCUCUGGGGAAGGUGUGUGCGUGUGUGCGUGUGUGUGGUAUGUGCAUUCAUCAUGGCCAGUGUCCCAUAUUGUGUUCCGGGUGGGGGCUGCGGGUGGCAGACUCCGGCCGUCCACCCGGCUGGCCCCGGCCGACACUCCAGCCCCGACCUCUGUAAAGAUUCCCCAAUAAACGGUACCAAAAUGGC